UCUUCCUCUUCCUUAUCUUUGAUUCCUGAGGGUGGCUUUGACCCAGCUGCCCCAGGACCACAGAAAAUGGGGACCCCAGUGAUCAUGGGAUAUUGUAACUCUCUGCAGGCAGGAGAGCCAUUGCAACAAUUGCAGACCUAUGUGGCGUGGGUGAAUGCCCAGCUGAAGAAGAAGCCAGAGGUGAAACCUGUCCAAGAUCUUCGGCAGGAUCUUCGGGAUGGCGUCAUCUUGGCAUACCUGAUAGAGAUUGUAGCUGGAGAGAAGUUGAAUGGGAUGAAGCUGAGUCCCAACAACCAGCAGGAGAUGAAGAACAAUGUGGAAAAAGUACUACAGUUUGUGGCCUCCAAAAAGAUUCGAAUGCACCAGACCUCUGCUAAAGACAUUGUGGAAGGAAACCUGAAGUCCAUCAUGAGGCUGGUCCUUGCCUUGGCAGCACAUUUCAAACCCGGCUCUAAUAGGAUGGUGAGCCACAGAAGGGACUCCAGAGCCCCAGUGCAGAGUCACCAACCACACUCUGCCACUGCUGUGGCACAGGGGGCAGCUGCUGCUUUGGCAGAUGUAUGUCACGACAUGUCACGAUCGGGGCGAGAUGUCUUCCGAUACAGACAGAGAAAUAGCAGCAUGGAUGAGGAAAUCGAAAAUCCAUACUGGAGUGUUCGGGCACUAGUGCAGCAAUAUGAGGGGCAUCAAGGACCCUCAUCCAAGGCCAGCUCCUCCAGUCUGACAUCACCAAGUCCGAUCCACAGUGCAAAGAGUGAGUCAAUUAUAUCCCAGUCGGAGGAGAGGGGAGAUUUUGUGAUUAUCCCUUCUGAAGGACAGGAGAACAGAACAGAAGAGACAGAUUCUCCAUUUUCCCGUGACUGGUUAGCCGGGAGCCCAGGAACCUAUCUAGAGACUUCAUGGGAAGACCAGCUGCUGGAGCAACAGGAACACUUAGAAAAAGAAAUGGAGGAGGCGAAGAAAAUGAUAUCUGGACUACAGGCCUUGCUGCUUAAUGGGUCCCUGCCUGAAGAUGAACAAGAGAGGCCCUUGGCUCUCUUCGAACCAGGAGCCAACCCUGAAGAGCAACUGAUCAUAAUCCAAAGUCGUCUGGAUCAGAGCGUGGAAGAAAAUCAGGACCUGAAGAAAGAGCUGCUGAAAUGCAAGCAAGAAGUCAGGAAUUUGCAGGGAAUAAAGGAUGCUUUGCAGCAGAGAUUGACUCAACAGGACACGUCUGUUCUUCAGCUUAAACAAGAACUUUUGAGAGCAAACAUGGACAAGGAUGAGCUACACAACCAGAAUGUAGAUCUUCAGAGGAAACUGGAUGAAAGAAGCCGCCUCUUAGGAGAAUACAAAAAAGAGUUGGGGCAGAAGGAUCGACUCAUACAACAGCACCAGGGCAAACUGGAGGAAGCACUCAGGAAACUUUCUGAGGCCAACUACCAACAGUUUGAUCUGGAACGUGAACUGGAACAUAAGGAUGUCCUCUUGGCACACUGUAUGAAGAGAGAUGCUGAUGAGCAGGUAACCAACUACAAUAGUCACAACGCUCAAAGCAAUGGGUUUUUCCUCCCAAUGCCUGGGAAAGGAGCUGCCUCAACUGCCCACAGAGGGGCCAAUGAUCUGCAGCUUGUCCGAGAUGCUCUUCGGAGCCUGCGUAACAGCUUCAGUGGUCAUGACCCCCAGCACCACACCAUUGACAGUCUGGAGCAAGGCAUCUCCAGUCUCAUGGAGCGCCUGCACGCCAUGGAGAUGCAGAAGAAACAGGACAAGCGGGUUCGGGGCAAAUCACCUAGAGGGAGUGAAUACCGGGAGUCCUGGCCCCCUAAUUCAAAGUUGCCUCAUUCACAGAGUUCUCCAACCAUCAACAACAAUGCUUGCACUAAAGUGCUUUAUUUUACUGACCGUUCACUUACUCCGUUCAUGGUCAACAUACCAAAGAGGUUGGGAGAGGUGACUCUGAAGGAUUUUAAAGCAGCUAUUGACCGGGAAGGGAAUCACCGAUACCACUUCAAAGCCCUGGAUCCCGAAUUUGGCACUGUCAAAGAAGAGGUCUUUCAUGAUGAUGACGUUAUUCCUGGAUGGGAAGGGAAAAUUGUGGCCUGGGUUGAAGAAGAUCAUGGAGAGAACUGACAUUGACUCCCAGACUUGGGGCUUAUGGAACCUGGUCACUCUCUGGCUACUUCACUCAGGAAUGAGGACUUAACCCAGAAAAUACUGAGAGGUUUCUAGUCAUGCUGCCAAAAGAGAAGCCUUUCCAAGUGAGAUGACCAGAGGCCAGUCCUGUGUGUAUGGUCCGGCCUGCCUGGUUCUCAACAUUCCAUGUCUAGAUGUGAACCAUGGGUUAAUUUGGAGUGGUGACUCCCAGAUGUUGGGAAUACAUUGUUUUGUUUUAUCCUGAUGACAACAACAAACCGAAGGCCUUAACUAAUGUGGAUGGAUGAUCCCUUCCAGUGAGGGGCAUGGCUGCUACUGUUCUAAAUCUGGGAAUCAGAUGCUUCACUCCUGCAUGUUACAGUAUUAUUUUAAUUGGCCUCAAUGGUUAUAGCAAUUAUAGUCCCAGAAUUUGCACUCAAGGGCAAGGCAAUCUACUAAUUUUUCAGCUCCCCUGCAACUUUUGUGAACCAAGAGUACACCUGAGGUGGUACCAAAGAAGAAGGUUCCUCCUUCAAAAAUUCUUUUGGACUGACUGUGGAUGAUGUUUAGUUCUUCAUCAGACAGUGAGAGAGCUGCCCCUCCUCUGCUGUAUGGUGUCUCAAAUCAGCAUCAGGAACUUGGACCAACUUACCAGAAUUGGUUCUACAGCUUGCCCUUCAAACUGCUUCCUGGGCUAUUUUGUUUUAUGUGUUGCUAGUUUCCUUGGGGGACUGUUUAAUUUAGAAACUGUUUACUUCUUCCAGCUGAUGAACUUUGUAUUCGAAAGGAAUAAGGGGUAAAAGUCUCCUUAAACAUUCAGGCGGGUAUGGAAAGGUGCUGCUACCUAUAUCUUCUUGACUUUCUUUUUCCUAUGAUUUUCCUUGACUUUACUCAGCCAUCAGUCUCUUUUCCAGCAUUCAGGGGACAGUCUUGCUGGCCCAGUAUUUCUCUGUGGAGCUGGUAGAGUUGGUAUGCCCCAAGGUAUUUUCUUAGCAAGGCCAGACCUUAUUUUAAUGAUGUAUUAUUUAUCAUUGGCUGACACUUAGGGUGUGGUGAAAACCAUGUGACUUGUUCUGAAUGGCUGGGAGAACCACUCAGAUCCUUUCUACUGUGUUGGACUUGAGUAGACAGG